ACUACCAAAUCCCCAAUCCCUCUGAAAACCCUAAUUUCUCAAAUCCCCAAUCUCUCAAUGGCUCGUACCAAGCAAACCGCCCGCAAGUCCACCGGAGGCAAGGCGCCACGUAAGCAGCUUGCCACCAAGGCCGCUAGGAAGUCCGCUCCGGCCACCGGCGGAGUGAAGAAGCCACACAGAUUCAGGCCGGGAACCGUCGCGCUCCGUGAGAUCCGCAAGUACCAGAAGAGCACCGAGCUUCUGAUCCGCAAGCUCCCAUUCCAGCGGUUGGUCCGUGAAAUCGCUCAGGAUUUCAAGACCGAUCUGAGGUUCCAGAGCUCCGCCGUGGCUGCGCUGCAGGAGGCGGCGGAGGCCUACCUCGUCGGGCUCUUUGAGGACACCAAUCUGUGUGCCAUUCAUGCCAAGAGGGUUACGAUCAUGCCGAAGGAUAUCCAGCUCGCUAGGCGCAUCAGGGGUGAGCGCGCUUGAGUUUGAAUCAAAGGGUUUAGUACAGAUGGAGUAGUAUUUGGAAGAUAAUGUGUUUGAUGAAAUGUCUACGUUUAUUUUGAGUUUCGUAUGGUAUUAUGGUUUAGAUGGUUGUUUAGAGAUGUAGAUCAGAAGCUUAAUGUGAUGUAAUGGGUUUAUCUUAUCAAUGAAAAUGGCUUAUUUUCCACAAUUUA